GGGGGAGGAGAGCGCGGGGCCGAGCCAGUCCGGCGGGGCCCGGACCCGGGACUACACACGGAGCAGCGGCUCCCGGCCCACGCAGCCCCGCGACGCCGCCACCGCCGCGAUGCUCCAGACCUUGUAUGAUUACUUCUGGUGGGAACGGCUAUGGCUGCCUGGGAACCUAACCUGGGCGGAUCUAGAAGAUAAAGAUGGACGUGUCUAUGCCAAAGCUUCAGACCUGUAUAUGACACUACCCCUGGCCUUGCUCUUCCUCAUCAUUCGAUACUUCUUUGAGCUUUAUGUGGCUACACCACUGGCUGCCCUCCUGAAUGUAAAGGAGAAAACUCGGUUACGAGCGCCUCCCAACCCCACCUUGGAGCAUUUUUACCUAACCAGUGGCAAGCAGCCCAAGCAGAUAGAAGUGGAGCUCUUGUCCCGGCAGAGUGGGCUUUCUGGCCGCCAGGUAGAACGCUGGUUCCGUCGUCGCCGCAACCAGGACCGGCCAAGUCUUCUCAAGAAGUUCCGAGAAGCAAGCUGGAGGUUCACAUUUUACCUGAUUGCCUUCAUUGCUGGCAUGGCCGUCAUUGUGGAUAAACCCUGGUUCUAUGACAUGAGGAAAGUUUGGGAGGGAUAUCCCAUACAGAGCAUUAUCCCUUCCCAGUAUUGGUACUACAUGAUUGAGCUUUCCUUCUACUGGUCCCUUCUCUUCAGCGUUGCUUCUGAUGUCAAGCGAAAGGAUUUCAAGGAGCAGAUCAUCCACCACGUGGCCACCAUCGUUCUCGUCAGCUUCUCGUGGGUUGUCAAUUACAUCCGUGCGGGGACUCUCAUUAUGGCUCUCCAUGACUCUUCUGACUACUUGCUGGAGUCAGCCAAGAUGUUCAACUACGCGGGAUGGAAAAACACCUGUAACAACAUCUUCAUCGUCUUUGCUGCUGUUUUCAUCAUCACUCGGCUAGUCAUCCUGCCCUUCUGGAUGCUGUACUGUACCGUGUUGUAUCCGCUGGAGCUCUAUCCUGCUUUCUUUGGCUAUUACUUCUUCAAUAUCAUGAUGACAGUGCUACAGGCGCUACAUAUCUUCUGGGCCUACCUCAUUUUGCGAAUGGCCCACAAGUUCAUAACUGGAAAGCUGGUAGAAGAUGAACGCAGUGACCGUGAUGAAACAGAGAGCUCAGAGGGGGAAGAGGCUGCAUCUGGGGGAGGAAUAAAAAGUCGGCCCCUAGCCAAUGGCCAUCCUAUUCUCAAUAACAACCAUCGUAAGACUGACUGAACUGUUGUCCCACCGGUUCCCCA